GAUGAAAGCAACGCCUGUUACAUAUUGAUGAAAUUUGCUGGAUUUGCAAUCCUGUGGRAAAUUCACUCAAAAGGAUAACGAAGUUAUGUCUGUAAGACGUAGAACCGAUGGAAACCUUUGGGAAGAGCUGAGAAAGACAGUUGAUGAUGAAACAUAUCUUGUCACUAUUACGUUAAAUCGAAAUGACAAAGGAUUUGGUUUUAACAUACGAGGAGGAGUUGACCAYCCUCAUGUUGGAUGUGAUCCUGGUAUCUUCGUAACAGCUGUUAGAGCUGAUAGUGUUGCAGGCCAAGAUGGCAGACUUGCUAUAGGGGACAGAAUACUUGCUGUGAAUGAUGUUCGCCUUGAUAAUGUUACACAUGACGAAGCUGUGAUGGCAUUCAGRACAACAGAUGCAACUAUUUCACUGUUGGUAGAGAAGGGAGCAGAAAAGCGUGUACUGGAUGACCCAACACCAAUCAAUCCAGGACAAGUACAUCAUUCUGAGGUAGAAGGGCCAUUUGAUGAMAAUGAARCAAGAGAUUCGUCAUUACAGGGAACUAUUAGAUCAUUCUUUAGUACUACUUUGGGAGCUCUUGCUCUUGGYAUAAUGGCUGGGAGCGUAACAGUGUUUAUUGGAACUAGAAUCUAUAAAGCUUUAACAAAGUGAGAAUUAUCAAUGACAAUUAUUAUAUGGAGACUUUUCAAUGGUUGCCCAACCUUUGGUCUAGUUGAGACAAUGCCUUUUUUGUUCAGCAGUUUUGAACAUAGGUUAAAAUCUUGUGGAAAGUAGCUUUUUUCUAUAAUACCUCUUGAAGAAAACCAAUGUAAAAAUGAAUGAAUUAGGAUAAUUUCACAUCGAGUGAAGUUACAUCAUGAUCAAAUUGUGAAUUUUCCUUUUUAUUUUAUCAGAGAAUUUUAUUUAGGAUUUUAUCAAAGUGCUUGCAGAAAAYGUUUUGUUUGAACUAGACCCAUAUCUGGUUGUUAACCUAUAGAUGGUUUACGUUUGGUUAUUUUAUCAGUACAAAGAGAAAAUAUCUCACAGAAAUCUGGCAUUGAAAACUCAGUCUUGGCACAGGUCACAAAAACAAUWAUGAAAAAAUUUUGAUUAGAGAACUAUGAWAGAAAGAUAUUUUGAUGUUGAGGAAAAAGCUUGCAAAGUGUAUCAGCCCAACAAUGUUUAAUUUUGAUUUAUAUAUCACAGCCAGAUAAAUCUGGUGGGUUAUUUUACAAGACAUGUUUCUGUUAUUACAAGCUGAUAGUUGCUUUAUAUAUGUACAAAUACAUUUUAACCUCCUGAGAGUAAAUUUUUAUUUAAUUUUUCUUGGAACAAACUGAUUAUGGUACAUACUCAUGCUUCUUAUUAGUGUUUAGACAAUAGAAAAGAAAGAAAUUUUAACUCCUAGUUUGCAGAAAGUUUCACUGAUUGUGAUGGAACAUGAUUAUUUUAUUGCUUGUAGAGUAGGACUUUCCUUUUUACUAAUAGAUAUAAAAACACUUCUAUGGAUGCAUUCCUGUCAUGAUAUAAUACUGGUAGAUUUUUAUAGAGAACAUACAUUUUGUAAAGAAACAAUUUAAGAACUCUGUAAAUAAGAAUUUGAUAAAUUAGGGUUAAGGGAUUUUAAAUAGUUCACGUCUGUUCUAUAUUUUGUUCAUGUAACUAUUUCAAUGUAAAGUGUUCACAUCUGUGUAGUCUUUGCAUGAUUAAAGAAUUAAACACAAUGAAUCUGG